GUCGCAUGUUAUCAAGACAAUCAAGCAGCGGCAGCGGACUCGGCCAGUGCAGAGACCCAUACCGAUCCAGGACACCGAAAGCAUCACAAGCUCCAGUGCGCACCAGGAGACCACCGACCAUGUCGGCAUCAUGCUCGAGAGUCAGCCAGAGUCACUUGAGAAUAUCGCAAUAUCUCCCCCUGCCCUCCCAAGCCACAAGCCGUACGAGGGCUCGAUCUUGGUUUACCCUGGCACGCUCGCAGGCGAGGAGUACCAAAGUCUGAAUCCGCUCGGCCAGCUUCUGAGGGAUGCCAUUCGCAAAGUGCACUAUGCCCUGAAUGGCCAGCAGCCGACGUGCCAUCCCGAGCUCGUCGAUCAGCUUUCCCAUUGCAUCGACCUUCAGAACCGAUUCCGCAAAAGCGCCUUGAAGGUUCAGCAAAACGCAUUUGGAAAGGUCCUCAGCAAAGAAGAGUUCGCUGCGCUCAGCAAGCCUGCUCUCCAGAGGUACUAUGAAGCGCUGGAGCAAGAACGAGACACGGAACGCGAUGCCGGAGCAGCCGCCGGACUGGAGCAGGAGCAUCUCCAAGGAUGGAGGCGUGCUGUACACUACUCCAGGGGCUUGCACGCCAGCCACGGUCUGUCGUCAAUCCAAGACAUGGUCAGCCUGGCGUUCAGCAAGCUCGAAUACGUGUUUCACGGCAGCUACGAGGACCAGUUAUCAAGCCAACUCUAUGCCCAGUCAUUCGCGGACUCGUUUGAUCGCUCGGCCCUGCUCACCCAGACUGGUGUUUGGGGCAGCACCUUCUCUAGUCCUUUGGAGCUCUGGACUCAGAUCCAGCCGGACCAAGAUACCCUGGGAAUGAGCUCGGUUGACCAGAGAGCCGAGUCUAAGCGCCGGAGCAAGCGCGACCAGUUUUUUCGGCGAAUGAACGCCCUUCAGGAUCAGUUCGCAAGCGAAAUCACGUUUUAGUGGGGAGAGUGGACCAAGUUCAAGAGACGCCCUUCGGGUCUGCGGAUGUCGGACAUCAUGACUAGUGCUGGCUGGCCCGAACUGCAGCUUCGGCAGGAUUUGA